ACUGAUUCGGUGACGGAUCUUUGGAUUUCUCACUCUCCUGCCCACGUUAACCUUUUCCCUGUCACAACUUUCUUCACUGUCUGAUUGUCGUCAUAAUUAUACAUAGAUGUAUAAAACUACUGUUGAUUUGAUAUUGAAGCCGUAGAGCUGUUUUUCUCUUCUGUUUCUGAACUGUUGCUUAGCCUGUUGACACUCAGUUUGCAUGAGCACUCUUACGUCAACAUCAUCCACCUAUAUCUAUGUCGUUAGAUACUUUUAGCCGCCUUGUACUCAAAUUUCGAUAAAUGUAGGGUAAUUACUGCUAGACGUGGUAUGUUAGGUCAAGUGGGCGGUUUGUAGUAUCCACCGCAAUCCAUUACUGGGUGGUUACCAGGUAUUCAUCUUCUAGCACAUCUCCUUCCUGCAACUAAGAGGUCAAGAUGUACUACGCAACACCGAAGGGGCCGCCGAAUCCGGCCCCGCCUCUAUGGCGUGCCAACGUCACAGAACAGGUGAGAUGGCAGAAGGAGUGGCAUGGCAUGAUGGAUCGAAUUCGGCAUAUGGACUCGCAUAUCGACAACGCAGCGCCACACUCUUGUGAUGGUAUUGUACUACACACCGCCACAACAUUCGUGUGAUGGUAUUGUUCGCGCAGUUGUGAAUGAUGGACUAUGAGUCUUUUGUUAAUAAUUUGUGACUUUCUAUUUCUUGCAAGACCAAGAUAUGGACGACCAGCAACAUGCAUUGUACGACGUUCCAUUUCUCGGUUCCAUUUCUAGUUGUAAGUCUUGAUGUCAUCUAUCUUGAUUCCAACACAGGUACAAACAAGAGGAUGAUGGAGAUGGCUAGGAAACACCGAGUCUCCGAACAAAAUCGUGUGUUGGUCAACAUCUCCAUUCCAACACAGGUACAAACAAGAGGAUGAUGGAGAUGGCUAGGAAACACCGAGUCUCCGAACAAAAUCGUGUGUUGGGCAGGGAGAACAAGCGGAUUAUCGACAGAAUAGUCUCGAUUCGUAACGGAGAAGGCUAUCUGCCACCACAAGGUAAGGAUUUUCACUUGUUGUUUCGUCUUAUAUCUUGGAACAUUUUUUUGGAACAUCCAUGCCGGUGAAAACGUUACUCUUCCCACAUGCUGGGCAGUUUGUUACGGUUUUGAUAGACGAUGAAAAUAUAGUCAACCACAAGUAGGAGGACAAGCAUGAUCCUAACCAACCCUAACCUGUAGGUAAACCCGGAGAGAUGAUGCACCGCGCACGGUCACCGGAUGCUAAGGCGCAGGGCGCACGAAGGAUGGAAGCGCGCAGAAUCUAUAUGGAGAAUGAGCUCCUCGCUAAGCGGUUAACGACGGUGCAGACAACACGUGAAAUCCGACGUGAGAUUCAGCAGCAGGACUACAUGCGAUCGAGGAGCUACGUUAGCAGUGGGUAAAAAUACUUGGGGAUCUUUUUGACAAUGAUAAAUUACAGAUAAUUUUCAGCCUGAUUUUACUGACUAUGUGUAACGCAAAGAAGUAAGGUUUGCACAUUUUUUAAGAACAACUACUCGAAACAUGUAGUUGAUUCAGGAACCAUCCUCUUUGCACUAAUCCUCUACUGACACCUCAUUCUCCAACAUUCAGCAUCAAGAAAGUUGUACCUUAUCGAGCACAUAAGUUGCCACCGGUGAAACGGAAAGAACCUAUCGUCAACCUCAUGGAUGAGAUGGAAGACGAGACGCCAGAAGAGGCAAUGACUAGAGCAAAGACUGUCGAUGUCCUGGUCUCAAAGAAGAAUAUUGAGAAAGCUGGUAUAAUUUUUGAAGAAUACAACUCUAACUCAAACUAAUCAACGUCUCCUUUUUUUCUGUCUACAGCAAAGAAGAAAUAUUAUCGUACAACUGAACGAGAGCUAUUGAUUCUUUGCGCUUCUAUUAAUUUCAUACAACUUACUUAUAUCAACUAUCGGAUUUCACAUUCAAAUCGCCCUCAUCAACACCAGCGCCGAAGCCAGCUGCAAAGAGACGUCCUGUUGCUGCAGGACCAGCUGGAUCCGCCAUGAGGAAACCGACGAGCGAGAGUGCUGAUGCCUCAGAGAAACUAGCUACGACUGUGAAGGUUCUAUUUGUAUGUUUUGAUGCAACCUAGGCACAGUAAGUUGCACCGGUUGUUGUACUUCUAGAUUUUUAGGGUGAAUCAGUUCUGUGCUCUUUACAAACAAUAGUCUAUGAAAGUCCUGACUCUAUUAACCUGAGAAAUACAAACCCAAUCUAAAAUUUGACUAGAAAACGCAACAAUUUUCUCACCCACUCGUCCAGGCUCCCGACGCUGCGGCUAUUAUGGUCGAUUCCGUUGUUGCGGACGUGAUGGAACAAAUUACAGAUCCAGUUACCGUCAAUGUGUCAGAGGAGGAAGAUCCAGCUAAGGGUUUGGCGAAAAUCGAGACUGAAGUAUCUCGAUCUCCAACGUCAGGUGACAUUCGGUUUGCUGAAGCCAUGGUCGAGGAAGAGGUUGCUGUUCCGGAGACAGAGCCUCCUGUCGUGGAGGAAACUCUAGCAGAAGUGGUUGUUAUGGAUAACGAUCUAGUACAAGUGGUCUCGUCUAGUGCUUGGGAAUGACUAUUGAUAAUUUCUUGGGUUUCUGAGAAGUUCUUUCCUACGAUCCUUCUAAUGCUGCAUCAGAACCAGAGGAAGCACCAGUGGUCGAGGAAGCAGCUCCUGUCGCGGAGGAACCAGUCGAAGAGCCGGUCGUAGAGAAGAAAGAAGAAGUCGCUGAGGAAGUGGUGACGGAAGAUGUUGCUGCUCCAGUAGUUGCCGAGGCAGAUGAAGCAGCACCAGAGGUAGUGGAAGAAACUGCUGCUCUAGUAGAAACAACUCCUAUUGAGGCAGAAACAACUCCUGUUGAUGCUGGAGUAGUUGAAGAACCCGUAGUUGUAGCUGAGGAACCUGUAGACGUCGCAGUUGAAGAACCAACUCCUGUUGCAGAGCAGGCACCUGUAG